AGUGUUUGGUAAGGUUUGGUAGUGGGUUGUUUGUUGUGUCUUUUAUUUAAUAAUGACUCGAGAAGUGUCCCCUAAACGAAGGAGGAGUAAAUCCCGUGAUCGCGACAGGGAUAGGAGAAGAAGAUCCAGGUCUAGAGAUAGGGAUAGGAGAGAUGAUAGACGGGAUAGAAGGGAUCGUCACAGAAGAAGAUCUUAUUCUCGCUCAAGGUCACGCUCUCCCCAAAGAAAUAAGAAGCAAAAACUAAAUACAGGGCAGAGAAAACAAUUCACAGAGGCCGAUUUAGAGGGAAAGACUGAAGCUGAGCAAGAAAUGAUGCGCUUAAUGGGCUUUUGCGGUUUUGAAACGACCAAAGGACAGAAAGUUGAUGGAAACGAUUCAGGUGCCGUUCAUGUUAUCCUUAAGAGAAAGUAUCGACAGUACAUGAACAGAAAGGGUGGUUUCAACAGACCACUAGAUUUUGUUGCUUAGGAAAAUUUACUAUAUUUUACCUGAACCGUUCUUUUUUCAAUAAUAAAUGGAGUUAAUGAACUUAGAACGAGUGAAGUUAACAUUAGAAGUUUAAUUGAUUAAUUGGAAGGAUAUAAUAGUACCAGUUAUUUUAGAGCCAUGUCCAUUGAAUUAGGGAACAAUAUUUUAUUUUAUUCCCUCAUCCUUUUUUUUUUGUAUUAAGAUUUAUUUUUUCUGAUUUUGCAUGAUUAAAUAAAAGAAUUACAGAACAAAAGGUAAGUAGUAUUUAAUCUUGAAGAUUUAAUCAGCUGGACUAUGUUAGCUGCCAUUUUUUAACAUUUUAGUAAAGCACCUCCUGGAUUUAUACGUUCAUUUUCUAAAAUAAAGUUCCGUUUUGCUCAAUGCUUUUAAGAGAUGAAAUGAUCUUAUUUUUUCAAAAAUAUAUUUCUUGAUUUAUUGUAAAGAAAUGAAAUUAUUUUAUUUAUUUCACUGUGAGCAUUCGUAAUUUACUUAUUUACUAUGUUUUGGUAUUAUCGUAUAAAAAAUUAUUUUAUAACUAUAUUUGUAAAUAAAGUGUAAAUUUUAUGUUUUUAAAA